AUGAGUUCAUGCACAGAACUAACAUUUCUGAACUAUGCCCUAUUUUACCAAUGCAAAAAACUAAGAUCCAUCAUUCUUCCACCAAAUUUAAAUCGAAUUGGUUCUGCUUGUUUCCAAGAAACCUUUAGUUUGACAGAGAUUACUUUUCCAGAUUCCCUGACAUCAAUUGAUGGAUGGACAACUUUUGGCAAGGUUUUCUAUAAUAGUGGCCUUGUGAGAGUUAAUAUUAAUCGGAACUCGAAUUUAGCCUAUAUUGGUGGUGAUGUUUUCGCUGAUUGUAAGUUCACAUCUUUUUUUAUCCCAUGGAAAUGCACUUCAAUUGAUGGAUCAACCUUUUCUGGUUGUCCGUUAACUGAAAUUAUAAUUGAUGAAAGAAAUCCUACUUUUAAAACUGAUGGAAAGAUCAUUUAUUCAGGUACUAAUAACAAUACUCUAUUUUUUGUUGUUUCGACAAAAACUGGAUCAUUUACUGUCCCUGAAUAUGUAACAGUAAUUUCAUACUCAGCAUUUAGAGGCUCUAAGCUCACUGAAAUUAAUAUGCAUAAAAAAAUUACAAAAAUCAAUUCAUGGAGUAUGUGUGGGUGUCCUAUUGCUUCUUUUACUUUCCCAAGUUUAGUUACAUAUGUUGCGGAUAAUAUGUUUUAUUUGUGCACAUCACUGGUAACAGUAUACCUGACUGAAAACAUAACAUCAAUUCAAGAUGGAGCAUUUUUAUACUGCUAUAGUCUCAAAAAUAUAGUAUUGCCAUCAAAACUACGGGAAAUUGGAAAAGAAGCUUUUUCAAAUUGUUUUAGUUUGACUCAUAUUUCUCUCCCCGAAUCAUUGCAAACUCUGGGUGAUGGUGCAUUUAGUUCAAUUGAUAAUAUUAUUAUUGACUCACAGAAUCCAAACAUUGUUGUGGAUGGCUUUAGUAUGUAUACUGAUAAGAAUCAAACAUUAUUUAUUUAUCUGGGGUCAAAUCAAGACUCAAUAGUUAGAAUCAAAUCUGAAUGCAAUUAUAUAGCAGCACAAACGUUCUUAAUGAAAAAAUUCAAACAUGUCUACUUUGAAAACAAUGAUAGUAUGACAAUAGGAGCAUCUGCAUUUGCCAAUUCUUAUAUUCAAUCAAUAGAAAUGCCUCCGGGUUUGAAAAAAAUAGAAGGCAAAGCAUUUGCAGCAUGCCAUAAUCUCGAGAAUGUGACAUUCUUAGGAAAUCAACUGAAAUCAAUUCCAGAUUCUUGUUUUAUUGAUGCUUACAAUCUUAAAUAUAUCACCCUUCCAAAAUCAAUAGAGAGCAUUGGAAAUUAUGCAUUUCAAUCAUGCACGAAUCUUAAAAAUCUCGGAAUUGCUACACUUAAUUCAUUAACUAGUAUUGGCAUUGCAGCAUUCAUGUGGAGUGGAAUCACUUCGGUCAGACUUUCAGACUCAGUUAGCACUAUUGGUUCAGCCGCAUUCAAUGCAAGCAAAAUCACCGAUUUAUCAAUCUGUUGCAACAUUUCACAGAUGAUGUGUCAAUAUUGUACUUCUCUGACAACACUCGAACUUAGGGGUGGUGUUUGCGAGAUCAAUAUUUAUGCAUUUAAAGGUUGCAGUUCUUUGACAGGGUUCACUAUUCCUCAGACCCUUCAUUUCAUUAAGAGCUUUGCAUUCCAAGACUGUGAUUCUCUUAACGAUGUAUCUAUGGCGACUAAUGGCAAUCUUCAAACUAUUGAAGGUGGAUGUUGUUCAAAUUGCAUCAGUCUUAAAGAGAUCAAACUUUCCCAAUAUGAAGAAAACUUUUCAUUUUACAACGGUGCUCUAAUGAACUUCAAUCAGACGCAACUUAUUGUUUUUAUUCCAUACAGCGAUAUUAAGAAUUUUGUUGUUCCUACUGACACUGAGGUCAUUGGUAGUAAUGCAUUUAUGGGCAGCCCACGUCUUUUGCGUGUUUUCUUCAGCGGCAAUAAGAUUAAUAGAAUCAACUACCAAGCCUUCAAAAAUUGCAGAAGUUUGAGCCUUGUUUUCUUUUCAUCAUCUAAGAUUGAAGUAUCAUUUGGCAGUGACGUUUUUUCAGGCUGUAUCAAUCUUCGCAGUUGUGGCACUUUCUCAGCUCCACGAGCUGUAAAAGAAACACUUAUAUCACAAGGUAUUCCAAGCAUUGCUUUUAAUGAUGAUUGUGAUACAUCAGUCACGUGUAAAAUCCGCCAUGAAUUCAAGAUAUCGGCCACAUAUCUUACGCCAUUCAUUUUAAUGUGA